AUGCCGCCUCGUUCUUCCAAUCCCGUCUGCAAAGUUGAGGAGAGCCAACUCACGAUCAAGCUGCAUCGACCUUGUGAAGACUGCCAUGAGGCUAACACUAACAUAUAUACAGACUUACAGAGUAGAUAUGGACAACUCUCCUCGACAGAGCCCGGCGACAAGACAUUUUCAGGCAUCCCAGGACCUACCUCUUCUGAGGGACUUCCUCCAAGUUAUCAACAGGCAACUGAACAGCCGCCAUCCUAUGCUCGAGCCGUUACGGAAGAGCAGCCUGUCACAUACGACAACGUCAUGAUGGCUAUCGCGACUUUCCAACCAGAAGAGAUUGUCAGAGCUAUGCACACCUUUCGCGCUUCCCAGCUAUCGUUACUGCCUGCAUUGUUGAAUGAGCUUCGGAGCCUCGAACAUCGGGUCAGCAAAGCAAAGCGCCGUCUAUAUCGAGCUGAAGACAUUGGCUUCUGCGACGAAGUGGUCAUCAGACUAACUCGUGAGCAACGAGCCCUCGAUAGCAGCCUCCAGCAAGGUCGAAGAUACCUCGACGCUACUGUCGUCCUCAAGCAUGGGCUCGACAAGUACCAGAAUCUUGCUAGGGAGUCUACAAAGGUUCACAACUACAAUCAGUCUCGUCUGUACGUCAAAGCUGCCAGUGAGCAUGCAGACAGACUCCUCGAAAUGGAGAUCCAGCUUUCAAGGCCUGGGCAACAGCCUCGACAUCUAGCUGGACAGACCAGACAACAGCUUUACCCGCUUGAGAAAGUGGUCCAGGCUCUGGAAGCUAGGACUACGUCAAGAGCUUGGGCAGUUGUGCAAGUUGCCACUCGUUCUAAUUUUGAUGUGCAUUGCUAA